AUGGUCGGACCGCUGCGGGCCGCGCUGGCGCUGGGGCUGCUGGCGGCGGCACAGCCCGCACCGGCCGCGGGGCAGCGGCGGCAGGCGGAGCUGUUCCUGGAGAAAUACGGCUACUUCGGCGAGCCAGGGCCCGGCACACACAGCCCCGCCGAGUUCACCGAGGCGCUGAGGGAUUUCCAGCGGGUGACUCACCUCCCGCUGAGCGGGGUGCUGGAUGCCCCCACGCUCCAUCAGAUGGCCCGGCCGCGGUGUGGCACCGAUGAUGGGGAGAGCAGAGCAGCCGGGACACGCCGGGCAUCAGCCGCCCGGCGCCGCCGGCGCACGGCACAGCACGGUGGGAGGUGGUACAAGAGGCACCUGACGUACCGGGUGGUGAACUGGCCGCCGUACCUGCCGCAGCACGAGGUGCGCCUGGCCGUGAGAGCCGCCUUCGAGCUCUGGAGCAACGUGUCCUCCCUGGUGUUCUGGGAGGCGCGGGACGGCCCCGCUGACAUCCGCCUGACCUUCUUCCACGGGGACCACAACGACGGACUCAACAACGCCUUCGAUGGGCCAGGAGGUGCCCUGGCCCACGCCUUCUUCCCCCGGCGUGGGGAAGCCCACUUUGACAGCGCCGAGCGCUGGUCCCUGCACAGCGGCAAAGGGCGCAACCUCUUCAUCGUGGUGGCUCAUGAGGUCGGGCACACGCUGGGGCUGGAGCACUCCCCUGUCAAGAGCGCCCUGAUGUCUCCCUACUACAAGAAGCUCAGCAAGGAUUUUGUCCUCAGCUGGGAUGACAUCUUGGCCGUCCAGAACUUGUACGGGAAACCCUCCAAGGGCUUGGCUGUCCAGCUCCCAGGAAAGGUCUUCACCCACUUCCAGGACUGGAACACGGAUCUUUAUGGCAGGGACCGGCAGCAGAGGAGCCUCAGCACCUACUACUGCCACUCCUACUUUGAUGCCAUAACCGCUGACGCAGAUCACAACCUCUACAUCUUCAAGGGCAGCCACUACUGGGUGGUGUCGGCGAGUGGCAAUGCCAGUGACCCACAGCCCCUGGACUCACACUGGACCGGCCUUCCCGCUGGCAUCGACGCCUGUGCCUGGUCAAGGCUCAGUGGCAAGUUUUAUUUCUUCAAAGGUGGCCGGUGCUGGCGCUACGCGGGCUCCACCCUGGAGGCGGGUUUUCCCCAAAAGUGCAGCGCCCGUGGGCUCCCUCGGCACCCGGACACCGCGCUCUACUUCCAGCAGCUCCGGCGCCUGGUGCUGUUCAAGGGCCCCAAAUACUUCGUGGUGAGCGAGGAGACCCUGGCUGUGGAGCCCUACUACCCCCGCAGCCUGCGGGACUGGCAGGGGCUGCCCCCCGGCACGGCGGGGGCCCUCGCCCACCGCGACGGCUUCAUCUACUUCUUCCGGGACGACCAGUUCUGGAAGUUUGACCAGGCAAAGCUGCAAGUGGUGGCCACUGGCAAAUGGGCCACCCAGCUCCCCUGGAUGGGCUGCUGGGAUGCGAACAGUGGGCAGGUCCUCUUCUGAGCAGAAUCUGCUGGGAUGACACGGGGGUCUGAACCCCACCUCGCUCACCGCUGCCUGGAUCCCUCUUUAUUUGACUCUGGGUUCCUGUCUGAGGAUGGUUUGGCAGGGAGACUGGCUGCCUGUGGAUGGCUGGAGCCGUGGGAUGGUGGAGCAGUGUCCCAGCACAGCAUGGAUGCAGUGGGACAGGUCUGUCACAGCCAGGUGGGCUGGAGGCUUUGGGUAACAGUUUGGCUUUUUUUAAAGACCACAAAAAAAAUACAUAAGCCAUGGAGACUGCAGUCACACCCAUUUCUGUUGAGGUUCAGGAUAUCGUUCCACAGUUUUUUACAAAGCAGGACUGGGAUUUGUUGCUACUUUUUGAUAUCUUUGUUGAUACUUGUUCAUAUCUGUCGUUUUCCCACGAUCAGGAGGAGAAGUGCCUCGCCACUGCUUGGCUUGGGGUUUGGAUGCUUUUAAAUAAGAGAUUGAGACUAUUUCCUGCU